UAUUUUAAGAUCGUUAUUUGUUACUAUCUUUUUUCCAAAAUCAACCUAGUUAUUUUUACGGUAAAAUUGAACUGAAAGUAAACCUAUGCAGAGAUAUGUAUAAAAUGUUUGGUAACUUCACUAUUAGCAGGUACUUUCGCUUAAACAUGAAUUCAACAUUUUUUAGUAAUCUUCUCCAAUAGCCAAUCCCGAAAAAAAUGGCUUUUCAGUAGUCUAUCCCCGGGGUUAACUUUCUAUAUAGUCAGUUUUCCCAUAUAGCAGGUGUUUUCUCUUCAAUUAACUUUUAGAUUUCGUCAACAGAAAACCAGCCGGGGUAAAAAUAAAUAGUUUGAAAAUCACCAAGUUACGUGUACACUGUACAUGUUAAGCCAGAAGAUGGCACACAUUUCAUCCCUGUCCACUAUCACAUCAUCUGAACUUAGCUCUUUCGUCAAAAGCAAAAUUGAACCAGACACGGCCUACAUCCAACGCUGCAAUGCCGUAGUCGAUCGUCUCUGUCAAUUUAUGAUAAACAGUUUACCCCCCACAUUGAGACCAUCAGAAGUUAGAAAGUGUGGGUCUCUCGGAAAAGGAACAGCAGUAAUAGGAAAAUCAGAUGCAGACCUUGUUGUUUUCCUUGCAGAAUUCCAUAGCAUAUCAACGCUCCGUUCAGAGAUUAAACGUAUUUUGGAUGAGAUGCAGGAAUACUUUGUUAAGUUUGGUGGGUGCAAACUGGAAGGAAAAACUUGGCACGCAGUCAAGUUGUUAAUUACUUGUAAUGACCACACCCAUAGCGUGGACAUACUACCAAGUGUCGAUAUCUUAAAACUGAAGACAACAAAAGAUAUCUUUAAAGAAAUGGAGUCUUUGUCAGAUUGCGAGAAAGGAUAUUACUCUGCAGCUCUCGCUCCACUGCAAGUUGAAUUUGUCGCUAGGGCUCCGACAAAAGUCAAGACUCUUUCAAAGCUUCAAGAGUUAAAACAACACCUUAGACGACAGAAUUACCCCGUGGAACUUAUUAAUGACGGAAUUAACCGGGCUAUGGAUAUUCCUUUAGCACAACUUAGAAGGACCCGCCUUAAGGAGGAGAAACAAGAUGAGAAAAUUCCGUUUGAAAAUACCAGUGAUCAAAGACUACCGUCGUCUUACUCAUUGGAAUUGAUUGUAAUUGCAGUUUGGGAAACAGCAGGUAAACCCGAAAAUUUUGAAUUAUGCAAAGGGUUCUACCAUGUAUUGAGAGCAAUCGCUUACUACAGGUGUCUGAAACACGCAUGGACUCUGAAUUAUGAUUCUCAUUAUGUUCAAAGAGACCCGUUCUACGUUGUUGACCCAGCUAAUCCUUUCAACAAUGUAUUGACAGCCUGCAAUUGUUGGGAUAUGAUAGCAGCCAAAGCGAAAUCACUCCUGCAAGCGCGAUUAUUCGAAGAGUGUGUCGAUGGACAAUGUGGAUGGCAGUAAACAAAAUGUUGGCUUACAUGAAACUUUAUUUUUU